UUUUUAAACUUAUUUGUUUUGGAUAAUCCUCACAUUUCUGUUCUGUUUGAUCAGACCGGAGAUGGAGCAGUGAGUUGCAGUUCCCCACCCCUAUGAUAAGAAGCUUUUCUAUAAACACUGGGAGAUAUAGAGAUAUAUUGCAGCAAUAAUGCACAGUUGAAGAUGAUAAUGUCACAUCAGAUCCAUAUUUAUGGGGCAGCGCUGCUUCCUUAUUGAACUGGGUUUGAUUUACACGCGACUCCCAAGCAAAUGAGAUCUCCUUAUCUUUGUACUGAGAUAUUUCUCCCAGCACCUCCCUGACAGUGAGAUAUAUAAGGAGCAGGGACUCCUGCCUCUCAUCAGAACCCCCAGGGUCACAAUGGCACUGCUAGGAGUCUUGGUCUGCUGCUCCUUCCUAUUGGCUGCGGCGCAUGCCUCUCACAUGAUGGGGGGAGUCAUGACUUUCCGCCCAAGGGGCAAAAACCCUGACGGAUCAUUAAAGGUUGACUUUAAAUACAAAGCUGCAUUUAUUGAUCAAUAUAGUCGCGACUUCUACUGGUACUGUUAUUCCGGGGACUGCGGCAGCGAGCAGCAACACUCCUACGCCAGCGUGGAUAACAGCACAUACAGGUGGUACCAAUCCGAGGGUCACAUGGUCAGGCAUGUGAGGAACGACAAACCCUUUUACCUCAUGGACAGCAGUUGCUGCUGGGUAAACGCGAAUAACAACUAUGGUUCAUGGAGCCUUCAGACAGGCGUGGAUUUGGGAACCAGAUCCGAUACAACGAAGCCCAACCAUUCCCCGGUGACUACUAUACUCCCAGUGAUCAGGGUUCCCAGGAAUUGCCCCAGUUCCUAUAAAUUAAUGGCGCACGAUCCAGACGGAGACACGGUGCAGUGCAGAUACGGAUAUUACUACACAGGGGAAUGCGGCACUUGUAACUGGCACUCACAGUUACAGCUGGAUCAGAAAAACUGCGUUCUGUCCUUCUCCUCCACCCUCUCGAUGGGCACCUUUGCCUUUGAGUUGGUCUUAGAAGAUUUCCCCAGCACGGACAUUUUCCUCAGAUACAGUGACGGGAGCGUUAGCUACAAGUACAGGUCAAUGGUACGGAAAAGCAGAGAGGUGCCGAAGGACAGUAAAUAUUACUGGUACAGCACAGACUCCUAUGAAACCUCUAUGGUAACCGACACUGCACCAACAGAGGGUCCUUCUCCAGAAAGCACAGCAGCAUAUGUUACUGCCCCUAUUGAAACUACAUCACCAGACCCUACAGAAGCCCACCCAACUACUCCCGACUCACGCACAUGGUUCCCAGAAAGCACACCAGAAGAUACUUCUGCCAACCCAACUACUUCCCCUCCCCACUCACCCACAGAAAGUACACCAGAAGCUACUACUCCCCAUGGGACCACUCAAGGUGACACUACAUCACCAUACCCUUCAGAAACCAUGCAAACUACUUUUUAUCCCCACUUUACCACAUGGUUCCCAGAAACCACAACAGAAAUACAGUCAACGUAUGCUCCAGCAUCGACUGAACCACCCUACACCACAGAAGACCACAUGUGGCCUACUACACAGGAGGACUCUAGUACUGUAUAUCCAACUGAUCAUCCCCAAACAGACUAUUAUACACAUGAGAGCACUCCCAAUCCCUAUGAUACAGACUUUACCACUCAAUCAACUUCUGAAGUAACAACAACAAACACUGAAUCCUAUGGAACAUCAACGCCAACAUGGGAGCCAUCUCCAUCCCCCCCGACCUAUAUGUACUCUCUGAGCAAGAUUCCUCUGCAGUUCAUACUGGAAGUUACUGGAUCGGUGUCUUCGUGUGUUUAUGGAGAAUACAGACCCAAGUUUCUUUCUCCGACCCCUAACCAAGGGGAAGUCCUGAGGGCCAUGGCCGGGUCUCCAUUCCAACUUCAUCUCUCGGCAGAGGCAACAAGGGAGAGAAUUGAAGACUUUAAGAUCAGUGGACCUGCUGGGAUAAGCAAAAAGUUUUCAUCUGGUUCUGCCACGGACAUUCGAUCUAUGGUAGUGGAAUGGACCCCAGAAGAAGAUGAUAUUGGAGAUCGUGUGCCCUUCUGCUUCGUGGCUGAAACAUAUAAUGGGUAUCAGUCUGAAUUGAGAUGCAUCAUUGUGAUCGUUGGAUCUAGCAAGCUAGCUUCUCUGAGCUGCUCUGAGAACACCAUGACCCUGAUCAUUGCAAAAUCCCCUGAGAACGGCCUCUAUGAAAAUAACUGGCGCCUCGAUGAUUCUCGUUGUCUCGUUACUUCUAACAGCACCCACUACAUUGCCAGUGUUGGGUACAACUCCUGCGGGACAAAAACUGAGGAAACAGAGAACAACAUUGUCUUUAAGAAUAAAGUCACGUCUUUUGAUAACCCCGGAGAGGUGAUUACUAGAAAGCACCAACUGGCCAUUCCCUUUAACUGCUCCUUCCCGAAAAAGAACCGGGUGUCUACAUCGUUCCGCCCCCAGAAGGCCUUCUACGAGUUCACGGAGGCCGGAUUUGGAAACUUCACCUACAAGUUUCAGUUCUACACUGACGAGCAGUUUAUUGAUGUUGAGACUCAGUAUCCCCUGGAUGUGUUGCUCAGGGAUCAACUCUUUAUGGAGAUACAGGUCACGUCGACGGUGCCCAAUGUCCAGUUAUUCGUGGAGUCCUGCAGAGCCACCCCUCGCGAUGAUCCCAAUGACUCUGUGUUUUAUGACGUCAUAAGAAAUGGGUGCACAAUGGAUGAAACGGUGGUCAUGUAUCCUGGGAGCAGGACAAGAGUUCGCUUUGGAAUGGAGGCCUUUGCGUUCAUUGGAAGCUACGAAGAAGUUUAUAUGAGCUGCACAGUUAUCCUUUGUAAACUGGGGGAACCAGACACCCGCUGCGCCAAGGGAUGUAUCAGGCCAUUGGCUGCUGUAAAGGCACAUCGUCAAAGAAGGAACCUCGCUACUGAAUCCCAGCAACACUUCAUUUCUCAGGGUCCUCUGCGCCUUAAGAAACUGUCUUCGAGCAGUCGAGAUUCAAGUGCUUCGCUCAAUAUGAACACGGUCGUGGUGGCUCUGUCUGGAGUUGCGAUCGUGGCGCUCAUCGCACUGUCGGUACACAUCUACGUGAAGAAAGCCAGGAUGUCCAACUAUAAGAGGUUGCCCACCCAGGACUUCUAAAUUCAGCAUCAUAACCCGUAUUCCUGACAAGUUGUUCUUGCAGAGUACAGGAAGCUAAUGAAUACUCAUUGGGUCCCAUAAAUUCAGUGUAUUAUACCAUGUACAUACGUGUGAUUGUAUCUGGAAUGGACCAGCCCCUCGGCUCUCCUUCUCCUGUCUGUGUCCCCCGCUUACUCUUCUAUACGGGGGUACCGGGGCGGUGGGAAAGCUCUUUGGACUGGUUCUUACAAAUCAUUUGAUUGUAUCGCUUACUUCCUGUUUCCCUUUUUAAAGGGGUAGUACACCUUUUAGUUUGUUAUAUGAUGCCUACUUCUAAGCAACUUUUCAAUAGGUCUUUGCUAUUAACUUUAUAGUUUUUGACCUAUUUGCCUUCUUCUUAUGACUCUUCUGACUCAAAUGGGGGUCAGUGACCCCGGCUACCAGAAAACUUUUGCUCUGUGAGGCUACAGUUUUAUUCAUAUUGUUACUUUUUAUAACUUUUUUCUCAAUUUAGGCCCUCUCCUAUUCAUUUACCAGCAUCUCAUUCAAACCACCCCCUGGUUGCUAAG